AUGUCAGAUUCUUACGAUACUCAUUUAAAAAAGUCGAUAACUCGAACUCUAUCUGCUCCAGAAUCUUCAAACUUUUCUUUGCCAAGAGACAUAUCUAUAAAAAGAACCCACAGUACGAUUAACAAUAAAAGCUCUACUGAUCUAUUCUGGAAUAUUGUUGGUCGUGAUAAUUACACAAUUUCUCUGAAUCAAUCACCUGUCCUUUGUAAUAGUUCUUCGCCACCUGUAGAAGACCUUUUUUACACGUCUACGAGUUUUGCAAGGAAAUUCCGUACCUUCCCUUGGCGAGCUAAGCCGUCUCUGAGGGUAGUUCCUGUUAUGGUUGCUAGUAACGAUGAUAAUUCGAUUAGCUUGCUGACAACCACAAUAAAAUCUAGCGUUUCUUCAGCUCAAUCUAGUAUCGCUAGUACAAUUAUAGGAGAUUGGGAUAAUCAUAAGAUGACUACACAAGCUGUUCCUUUGACGCCACCACAGGAGUCAACACAAUUGCAAACCCCCAGUGAAUUAUUAACACCAAUUGAACUUUGUGGCAGACGCGACGAUACUGAUCCGGUUUUGACUGAAACUAUAGCUGAACAGAUCCGACUUAAGCUUCCACGACGAUUACGAUUAAUGCUAUCAUGGAACUUGUUAUACAGCCUCGAUCAAGAUGGAACAAGUAUGACUACUAUGUAUCAUAAAGUUAAGGACAAAGGCCCUUUAGUAUUGGUGAUCAAGGACAUGGAUGAACAGGUUUUUGGAGCAUUUGUGACAGAACCAUUCAAAAUACGUCCUUCUUACUAUGGGACUGGAGAAUGGGACGAUUCUUCACAAUCAACAGUAAAAUGUUAUUUAUGGACAGGAAGGAAUGAAUACAUGAUAUUAAGCGAACAUGAUUGCUUAGCAAUUGGCGGAGGCGAUGGUAAAGUAGGACUUUGGAUCGAUGCUGAUCUGCAACAAGGCCAUUCCGAACGAUGUGAUACCUUUGACAAUGAUAUCCUAUCAUCGUCUCCAGAGUUCGAUUGUAUAGGAUUUGAAGUAUGGGGGUUUAAAAAUUAA